UCUGAGCCCCGCUUCCUUGUUUUUCUUCAAUUUAUACAUUUCUUGGGACUACACACAACCAAUCAACUAUGAGCAUAAGGAGUUAUCCAAUCAGCGGUGGGAUUCAAAAGCAUCCAAUCAACAACAAGUGUUACAUAUGUCCAAUCUGCAGGCUGCCAUCCACACUCACCUGGUUGGUGUCCUGGGACCAGGUGAGGAUGCUGCCGUGGCUUCUUGUCUUCUCCAGUCUGGGUCUCCAGGUCUGUUUUACCAGGUCUCCAGGUGAUUCCUCCUGGGACAAAACACAAGCUAAGCAGACAUCAGAGGAGCUUCAGUACCUGUUUGGCAACAUUUCCCAGCUCCUUGAAAAAGGCACACUGGGUCUCAAGGAUGUCUCCACAGUGGUCUCGCGCAAGGAGUGGGGGGCGGAGGCUGUGGGCUGCAGUGCUCAGCUGACCACGCCAGUGGAUGUCCUUGUCAUACACCACAUCCCUGGGCUGGAGUGUCGCGACCUGACUGUGUGCAGUCAGAGGCUGCGCGAGCUGCGGGCCCAUCACGUCCACAACAGCAGCGGGUGCGACGUGGCCUACAACUUCCUGGUUGGGGACGAUGGCAGGGUGUACGAAGGUGUUGGCUGGAAUGUCCAAGGUGUGCACACCCAAGGCUACAACAACAUCUCCCUGGGCUUUGCCUUCUUUGGCACCAAGAAAGGCCACAGCCCCAGCCCCGCUGCCCUGUCAGCCAUGGAGGGCCUCAUCUCCUAUGCGGUCCAGAAGGGCCACCUGUCAUCCAGGUACAUUCAGCCACUUCUUGUGAAAGGUGAGAACUGCCUGGCCCCUUGGCAGAAGGAGAGUCUGAAGAAAGCUUGCCCGGGUGUUGUCCCGCGCUCUGCCUGGCGGGCCAGGGAGACCCACUGCCCCAGGAUGAACCUCCCGGCUAAGUACGUCGUCAUCAUCCACACUGCUGGGAGGACCUGCAAUAUCUCAGACGAAUGCCGCCUGCUGGCCCGGGACAUCCAGUCCUUCCAGGUGGACAGACUCAAGUUAUGCGACAUUGGAUAUAACUUCCUUGUGGGCCAGGAUGGCGUCAUUUAUGAAGGGGUGGGCUGGAAUGGCCAGGGCUCCCACACCCCUGGCUACGAUGACAUCGCCCUGGCCAUAGCCUUCAUGGGAACCUUCACAGGUACCCCGCCCAAUGCUGCAGCGCUGGAGGCAGCCCAGGACCUGAUCCAGUGUGCCGUGGUCAACGGGUACCUGACUCCCAACUACCUGCUGGUGGGCCACAGUGAUGUGACCAACACCCUGUCCCCUGGGCAGGCUCUGUACAACAUCAUCAAAACCUGGCCUCAUUUCAAACAGUGAGGGAGGCCCCGGCUCCUUCCCAGACUGCUCUCCCUGCCUGCCGGGUCUCCUGUCCUCACCACACGCCUGGCUCCACACCUGUGGCCACCCCCCCCCCAGCCCAGCCCGUCCCCCUCCCUCAGAUUAGAAUGACCGUGUCCUCUCCUGCUACAUCCUCCAGGGCCCCCCCAAGCCUGUGGCUGGGCAAACACAGCCCUCUGAGUCUGAGCUCAGCCAUCCUCUCCCCUCCUUCCUCCCCCAGCACCCACCUCCUCAGCCAGGUGAGAAGACAGCCCGUCCUGUCAUAUUCUCUCUGCCCCUACACGUGCCCUCUGCCUGGGGGCCUCCCCUGCUGUCUGUGUGGCAGCCCCCCACUCACCCAGGCCCAGGUCGCUGUCCCUGCCCCUCCUCUCUGCUCACACAUGGACUCGUGUGUUUGGAGGCAGCCCUUAUUUAAGAGCUGUGAUUGUUUACAGAUUUGUCUAUCCUCUCUACUGGGUGGGGAGUUUCUCCAGGGGAGGAGCUGUGCUUUAUUCAACUGUGUCCUCAGUGCCUCAGCAGUGUCUGAAUUUAAUAGAUGCUACAGACGCUUGUUAAGGAAGUGGAUGAGUAAAUGAAUGAGUGGUCACCUUGCCAAUUUGCUCCUCUUUGGGGAGCCUUCCUGGACCUCUAUCCCACCAGUUUUCUCUCCGUUCAAGGCUCAGAGCUGGCUCUGGUCACUUGUCUGUGUCUCUAGUUGCCCGCAUCCCUGUCCCCCCAGGGCACCCGGAGGGCAGGGAUCAUGUGCCCCUCCAGGACCUGGCCAGGGCUGUGUCCCCAGGAGCUGCCAGUGCCUGCUGCCUGCCCUUGCCUGGCCAGGCCCUGCUGGGCAAGGACCCAGAGCCUGGGUGCUCUGCAGCCCUCCCUGCCUGGGCCCUUCAUCUCCUUGCUGGGGGCACUUGAAGGGUUCUUUGUUUCCUCUGAGACUUGGUCUGGCAAAAAGAAGAGAAGUGUAAGAGGAAAACAGGAGAGAGAAAUAAAAGAAACAAAAUAACUGGCUUGUUUUGUUAAAAAUUUUUUUAGGUCUUCAUAUGUUGUCUUGUUUUUAGUGUGUUUCUGUAGCUCUUAUAAUAACAGAAAUAAAAGUAAGCAUCCUCUGUUUUUAAAGCAAGUACAUUGUGCUACUCAAAGUGCAUAAUGACCUCACUGGACCUCAGUGUCCCUGCCGGCCAUUUUCCCUCAGGCCAUCGGUGUCAAGGAGUGUGGGACGUAUCCUCCUGUCUUCCAAGGGGCAGCCCAGCCCAGACAGACUCUGAGUCUCUUGUCGCACCCAACAGGGGGAAGUGGGUCCAGGAGGGCACCUUCCCAGUGCUCAGGGGUGCGGACAUUCCUGAUCUGCUCUCCUCUGUGUGGAAGGAUGUGGGCAGGAAGCGGACAAAAGGGAGAGUCUGAGGUCUCCUAAUAGGAAACAUGGAACAGGAGGUGUUCAGAUUUAUGAGACUGUCCUUACAGGCUUUCCUGCAGCAAAAGGUCUCCACAUUUCUGGUUCCAUGACCCAAGGUCUUCCCCUAGUCUUGUUUGGGAGGAGAUUUAGCCUUCCUCCUCUCCUCAGCCAUCUCUAUCUGUCUAAGAUUUUCCACAGGCCACUAGGAAAAAGAAUUCUUGGUGUGAAUUAUUGACAUUUUCCCAAAUUCAUGCUUAAUAUUUUAAAAAUUAUUCUUUUGUAUACCAUCUAAGUACAAUCAGA